AUGAUUUUGUUUAACAUUCUAUUAGUGAAUAUAGUUUUAUUCGAAUUUUCAAAUGCAUUUGAAAUUGAAUUACCACAAAUAUAUUUAUUAAAUCCAAGUGUUCAGGCAUUUAAUCAAUAUAUUGCUCAAUCAAUUUUAAUACCAAAUAAUAAAAAAGAUGAUUUUCCAUUUGACCUAAAUCCAAAUUCAUAUGAUAUUCAAACAUUAUCUAAAUUAUUUUCUACAACAUUAAUCAAAAAUAAAAAUAAAAAUAACUCAUCAGAAAAUCAUAAACAUUCGAUUAAUAUAAUAAGCGAAAAAACUUUAAAUUGGUUAAAACACGUUAAUUAUAAUAAAAUUUAUUGGUUUAAAGCAUUCAAAUCAAUAUAUAAACGUGCUCUUAAAAUAAUAAACCCCCGAACGAAUAUAUCUUAUUCAGUUAUGGACAAACAGUAUGCUGCUAAAAGAGCCAAUGGUGAUAAACAUUUUUUUUAUUCAUUAGCUCCGUAUUAUUGGCCUAAUACAACUCUUAUCAGUCCUUUAAAUCCUCAAGAAUUACCUUGGGUUCGUAUGGAUGAUUUCAUUAAUCCAGUAAUUUAUAAUAUCACUGAUGCUCAAUAUUUUAUUCGAAUGGUUAAUUGUGUUAAAUGGUUAAGCACUGCUGCAUUUUACUUUUUUCCUCAUAAACCUAAAAAUUUUUUUUCAGAAUAUGCGAUGAAAUUAAUAAAAAUUUGGUUUUUAAAUGAAGAUACUUUAAUGUAUCCAAAUAUGCAAUAUAGUCACGUUGUACCGGGCGCAUAUGAAUAUGAAUCAUAUCUCGGUAUUAUUCAAUUAAGAGAACUUACACGUUUAAUUGAUUCAUUCGGUUUAUUGGCUAAGUUCGAUGGUAUGACGCUAAUUAAUCAUGGAAUGAAAAAUUGGUUUAAAGAUUAUUUGUUGUGGUUAUCUAACUCCGGUCGAGGUGUGCAGUUAUACGACAGUGAAAAUAAUCACCAUACUUGGUAUAACGCUCAAAUAAUAUCAUUACAAUUAUAUUUAGGAAAUUUAAAGAUAAUAAAAAAUAUUUUAUUUGACACACGUACAUUAAUAUCGAGACAAAUUGAUGUAAAUGGUCUUCAAUCAUUAGAAGUGGAAAGAAAAAAUUCAUGGCAUUAUUCAUGCUUUAAUUUAGAAGCUUAUGGAAGAUUAGGUAUUAUUGCUAAACAUUUAAACGAAUAUUCUGGUUUAACAAAUAUAAAUGAAGUUCAUUUAAAGUCUCUUAUUUCAAUACAUGACAUGAAUGAUAAUAUUCAAACGAAUUUUCCAACGAUAUUUAAUAUAAUCCGUUUUUCUAAUAUUAGUUGGAUUUCCGCUGUCAAUACUCUAAUAAACCAUUUACCAAUAAAUAUUUUUCCUAUUGAUUUACAAUCAAAAUUUCCUAAUACUGCUAAUCAGUCUUGGAACUAUACGCAAAUUAUUCCUCGUAAAUUAAAUGAUAUUAUUCCAUUAUUACGAGCAGCUUCUGAAGCUUAUGAUUUUCAAGAUGAUUAUAAUAGAUUAAUAGGAAACUUAAUUUAUCCAAUUAAAUAUUAUGUAUUAGCUGAUAUAUUAAAACCUUUAAAUCCAUCAAGUUCUCAAUGGUUAUUGCUCACGCCACCAUUUAAUAUUAUUCCAAACAGAGCAAAUAAUUCAAAAUUUCAUUCAUCAUGGAAAAAAAACCAAUUGCCUUUCUUUUUACCAUUGGGCAUCAUGGGAGCCUAUCGUUGGCUUGUAUUCUGUAUAAAAGCACUUACUGGAGGAAUAUUUUUAUUAAAACAAAAUUAUAUUCGAAGAUAUUUCAAGUCAUCGAACUAUAUACCUGAGAGAGAUGUUACAAUUGUUGUACCAACAAUUGAUCAAGGAAGUGAAUUAAAUGAUGCAAUCGUUUCUUGGUUAAGAAAUCGACCAAAACAAAUAAUUCUUGUAACGUUAGGAACAAAUGUACCAAUACUAAAAUCACUCAUAUCUCAAAUUGAAGAAAACUUUCGUGAAAAACAAGAAUUGGUAAAAAAAAAUUUAAAUACACAAAAUAAUAAUUCAGAAACAACAAUGGAAUAUUUAAACACAAACAGUUUCGAUUUACAUUUGAAAUAUGAAACUUUUCAGACAAAUAUGAUUAUUUUAUCCGUUGAUGUACCAAAUAAAAGAUCUCAGAUGAUUACCGGUUUGAUUAGAACUGAAACGGAAUUCGUGGUUUUUGCUGAUGAUGAUGCUAUUUGGCCUGACAAUUGCUUAGUCCGAAUGAUUGCUUGUUUUGAUAAUCCGAAUAUUGGCGGUGUAGGCACCGAACAGCGUAUGCGACCUAAUGAUCUAAUAAAAGGACCGAACUUUUGGGAAGUUUUAUCCGAUCUUCGACUUACUGCUAAAACAUUAGAAAAUGCUUCAUGUCUACUGUUAGGGACAGGAGUGACAUGUUUAUCAGGACGUACAGCAAUGUAUCGAACUUGUAUUUUUAAACCUAAUCAAAAUAAUGGACCAUAUUCACCGAAUAUGUUUGGAGCUGAUUCCAAAGGAUUUUUACCGGAUAUGUAUAAUGAAACUAGUGAAUAUUGCAGAAAACUAUUGGAUCAAAAAGAACAAAAAAAACUCUUAACACUAAAGCAAUUAUUUCCUGUUGUUAAAACAUUGGCUCACGAUUCAGAUGAUGCAUAUAUUGUAAAUGAAUUAGUAUUAUCAUCCAAUAAUUUCUCUAUAGCUGAAUCACCACCGAUUUUAGCGUCAAAAACUUUGGUUAGUACAAAGGUAUGCUAUUUAUUAUUUACUGAUAUGUCCUUUCAAUUUUUAAAUGAAUAUUGGCAUGGAUUAUUUUAUGGUUCUUCUCAUUUGCAUAGUGGAGAUGAUAAAUUCUUAACAAGAUUUAUAACAGCAAGAGGAUGGGAUAUGUAUAUUCAGUUUGGUCCAGAUGCUCGCAUUCAAACAACCUUUAAAGCAGAUUGGACAUUUUUAAAGCAAUACAUGCGUUGGACUCGAAACACUUGGCGUUCCGAUUGGCGAAGUAUUGUUUUGGAACGUUCACUUUGGCGUAGACGAUCGACUUGGUAUAUUAUUUUGAUUAUGCUUGACAAAUGUCUAAGUCCGCUAACAUUAUUAGUGGGAUUAUGUUUAGUUGUUUCAUUAUGCAUACAGACUGAAAUAGGUGAAUAUAGGUUGUCAGUGAUGAAUAUUCUUGUUUCAUAUAUAUGUUGGAUAUUAAUAUCACGUUUUAUUAAAUUUUUUCCGCAUUGGAUUUCAAGAGCUUCUCAUUUAAUUUAUUUACCGUUUUUCAUUUUAUCACAAUACAUAUUAGCGAUAUUAAAAAUCUAUUGUUUAUUUACUUUACACAAUACUGAAUGGAGUACACGAAAAUCAGCCGAUGCUUUUAUUAUGUACAAACAGUUGAAAAAGAAGAUAAAGCGAAAUGUAAUCCUAUUUCAAGAUAAUUAUAAUAAAUAUUAUUUGUAG